AUGUCGGAUUCUACACUGGGAUCUACAGAGGAAAAGAAACUUCACGAUUUGAGCAAGAAGAUCGUGGAAAUUAAAAAGAAGAUACAAUUGUCAGAGGGACAGAGGAAGGCUAACUUUGAAGAAACCGAGACAAAAAAGCAUGAAAAUGCAGAAAAAAUUAUAUCCCUGAAGAAAGAUAUAAAAGAGUUAUAUGUCGAAUAUUCUAAAGUCAAAAACAACGAUGAUGCAGCUGAGAAAACGGCUCAAAUCAGUCGUGAAACUUCGGCUGUUAUAAGAAAACGUGGUUUGGACGAAGCAAUAAAAAAGAUCAAUGAAGAGAACAUACGAUUGAGAAAAAUGAAAGAUUUAUUAAGAUAUCAAUCUGAUAAGCAACGGCAAAAAUUGGAAAUAUUAUUACAAGAACAUGAAAAAUUAUUAAGAGAAAAUAAACGGAAGAUAUUUAAAAGGAAAUUAGAAGAUCCUUUGAAAAAGAAAAGAGAAUGUCUGGAGGUUCAACUUGAACGAAUGAGAAUGCUGAUAAUAAAAGCAAACAUAGUUCGAAGAAAAUAUAAAUCCGUAUAUUGCAAAUUGAAACAAAGAUCAGUUUCUUACGCUUCCUCAUUGAAGGUAUUAGAAGAUGAUAUAAAGGAACAUGAAAAUGAAAUGAAACGUUUACGAAUAGUAAAGGAAGAAGCUAUCGAAUUGAGAUAUAACAUGCAAGAAAAACUCGUGAAGCAAGAAAUCGAGAUAGUGAAUAAUAGUAACGAACAAGAGAGUAUUAUUCAAGAUUAUAGGCAACGUGUCAAGGAAAGAAAAGCUGAAUUAGAAAGAUUAGAAAGAAUGAUCUUUCCUGCUCGUCCACGAGAGGAUUACGAUUCUGUAUCAACAAUGAUCUAUGGACAAGAUGCAAAGAACGAAAUAACAAAGAAAGAAUUGACACGAUUGGAGGAAGCGUUUGCCAAGCUACGCAACGUUACCGGUGUCUCCAUGUCGGAGGACAUUUUAAACCGGUUUCUAGGACAACAGACGACCAAAGAGAAUCUUCAAAAAAUGAGGACCAACAUGGAGGAUGAAAAAAUGGAUCUCGACAGGAAAAGACAAGAGUUGUUGAGCGAGAUCGAAACUCGAAAAUUUACCGAAACGAAAAAUGCCGAAGAAAAGGCCGAAGAGACAGAGAAAUUCAAUAAAAAAAUGGAGGAGGAACGUGCCCGCCAGAAGAAAGCAGAAACUGAAUGCGAACGAAUCGGAGAACUUUUAAAGCAAAUAGCCAAAGUAUUAGGAAAAUUGUUCGAUAAAUUGCAAAACACAACAGAUUCUAAUAACAUCGUUAAGGAAGAUUCAAUCAUGCCGUCUGAUCCAACAAAGUUAUUAUUGUUGUUGAAUGAAAUUGCUCAAAAACUUACCGAUGUUUUUGGCAAACAGGACGUGUGCUCCGAAAUAUUUGAUGAUACAUUAACGGAUAAGCUUGAAACAAUGUCUAUCACAACUUCGUUAGAAGGUAAAGCUGUACGCGUUGAAAAUGUUCCACUUUUUUCGAAAUUUCCAACAUGGACAUCUUCAGCGAUACCACUUUCGGAAGAUGAAGAAGAAGUACCAACGAGAAAUACCCUGAAAAGGCAAGCACAACUAUUAGUCGACACAAAAAGUCGAAGAAAAGGAUUGGGUUUCAAAAGAUAAAAUU